CCUACCCGCCCUUUGCUCAUCUCUCUCUCAUCAUCAAGCACACUUUCAUCGACGAUGCGUUAACGGUCGAAGCGCCAGAAAAACAAAAUAAUAACAAAAUAUCUUCCAAUUUCUGUUUAUUUUUAACCUUUUUCCUGUUAGCCAGCCAACUAAGUUAGUGAAGGUCAAGUUUUACGGCAUCAUGACAGGAAUCCAGCCAAUGCCCUGCCCUGUGCUCCUGGGCACUGUAAAAAGCGGUGGUUUACCAGCCCUCCUGCACAAAUACACAAUUGAGAAAAGGGUUCCAAAAGUGGAGAAAAUCCUUAAGAAAGGUGUGGAUGUUGACAGUAUAAACCACCUCGGGCAGACACCACUUUUUUGUGCCUCACUCCUCGGUUUUGCUAACGUAGCAGAGAAGCUUCUGGAGUAUGGAGCAAACCCAAAUCACCGCUGUACUGACUUGAGUACCCCUGUACAUGCUGCGGUUUUCUCAUGUAACCCCCGGCUGCUGAGUUCACUGCUGGAUGCUGGUGGUGACCUGCGUCUCCAUGACGAUAAGGGCCGGACACCUAGAGACUGGGCAGAGGCAGGCGCUCAGGAGGACAGCCCAAGGAUGCUUGCUUUCCUAAAAAGGUGUGAAUCUCAAAUGCAAAGCAUGUUGCAGACACAUUUACCCAGGAAUGUCCAAGGCACCCCUACCUCCUCUAAGAGUCUGCUGACCUCACUAUCCCCACUCAAACUUUUACGACCUUGGGGAAAUGGGAUUGCCCCUGAAAAUAAAUUAUGUGCUAAAUCACCUGCCUGUGAUAUGGGAAUGAUGUGUUUUGGCUAUGGAAAGUUACGCAUUGAGAGGCCUGUGCUGAGCCUGGGAUUGGUCGGUUCAAUGUCCCUGAUAAGUGACUCUGACCUGGGUCAGGCUGAGGAUGAACCCCUCAAUUCCUUUAUGUGUGGAUCUUUUCUACGUAUGACCAACUACAGCUGGAAAGGAUGCCGUGUCACUGUUAAAGAGCUGCAUGAUCACAUUUUGCACCAGCGUGAAGGACAUGAUGGUCUCAUGGACGUACUUAUUACUGAGAAGAAAUAUUGCUGUCAGUUGUCUCACCCCCACCUGCUUUUGCUCAUGGCAGUGAGUAUAUCCACUGACCUGGACCAUAUCAGACUGGUCUAUGAGAGAGUAAAUGUGGGCUCAUUGUUCAGUCUACUGCAUCAGAGGAGAGAGGAGUUUCCUCUACUGCAGGUGGCUGAUCUGUUAACAGUGGUACUGCAGGUGUGUGAGGUGUUAAUGUACCUGCACGGUCGAUCUCUUGUGCUCCGGGCCCUUUCUUCACAUAAUGUGCUCAUAGUGCACCCUGGAGUUGCCAAAGUUACAGGCCUUGGCUUCAUGGUGCCCAGCGAGGGAAUUUGCCCGUAUGCUCCGCCUCCUGCUCCUCUGCCCCUCAGCCUGAUCAACUGGGCAGCUCCAGAGGCGAUUAAAUGUAAAGCCUGCACAGGAAAAGCUGAUAUCUAUAGUCUGUGUGCCCUGAUACAGGAGAUCUAUACAGAUGCUGUGCCAUGGGGUUCCACUGACCCACAUUGCAUAAAAAAGUCAGUAGAGCUCGGUCAGGCUCUGAUAGCUCACCCUGCUGUGCCUAAGCCGUAUUCCCAGUACCUGGAGAUAGGCUUUCAACACAGAGCCCAGGACAGGACCAGUACCCUGAAGGAUCUGUGCUUCAUGCUUCGCUGUGACAUCAGAGAGAUAAGAAGCGAAAAUAAGAGAAGUGGAUGGUACUCCUGGUCUGCCUUUCAGAGCAUCCCUGAAUGGAGCACUGAGUUUAAUCACACAAGAGAUUGUGAUAAACCAGUAUAUAACGAAACCCAGGAACUCAUGCAUUGCCUGGAGAGAGAAACAAAUGAGACUCACAGAGUCCACACAGAGGAAGAAGAGUCCACCACAGACCCCGAUGACCUCCACUGGGACGUCUCACAGCAUGACAUCGCUUAUUUACACAAGUGGCCCAUGUCCCAUGAUGCAUCACUUAAAGAGCCGGCUUGUUUUGACUGUAGCGAUACAGAAAAGGAUCUGGCAACUGUCAAUCAGUCCAUCGCAAACCAUAUCGGCUCCAUUGUUCUCAACCUUAAAGUGUCUCAGGUGCUCUUGCAGCAGGCCGAGCAGAGUCUGGAUAAUGCAGAGAGAGCCCAGGUGAAUGUCCCGUGCUUUGACGAGGUGGAUACUGGGAAAUUUGAGAUGGUUGUGGGGAAAGUUAACAAGGAAAAUGAGAGCAGUGGUGUUUGGAAGGCAUUAGGGCCCCCAUCCAGAAGUUAUACACCCGGAUGGACAAUCGAUGGAGAUGAAGAGGUCAGUCAGUACAGCUCGGCUCAAGAAGACAGCUUUGACAGCGGGAGCUAUCCGAGGAGUCUCCAGGAGGAAAAAUAUGACUUGAAGAGAGUGGGAGGAACAGAGAGAGGACAGCAGCAGACAGGAUCUCAGAAGUCUGAGAGGUUGUACAUGCAGCUUGGGCUGUCUGAGCCUCGGAAAGACAACACAUAUGAAGGAAAAUACCAAGCAAACCCUACGUGGACCAGUGAGGUUAGUGAAGUGGUGGCCCAAAUGACACGUGGGCGACUGGGUGCACAGCUGGGUGCUGUAGGCAGCAGUGACAGUGACGACAUAGAGAAGCAACAGCUCCACCUACAGGGCUGGCAGGGACACUGUACCCAAUACAACUUAAAAAGCUGUGAGGAAUCUGAGACCCGGGAAAGCAGCGAUCUGGAGCAACUGUUUAAGAGUUUUGCUGGUAUUAAGAGUGAUAGUGAGGAGAGCACAAACUUUCACACUACGAACCCCACUUUUGAUGUAAAUAAUAGAGAGCUGGAGGCCCAAAAAGAGGAGGUUGAUGGUUCAGAAUCUGACUAUGCUCAAUCACCUGUCGAGCCAAAUACUGUGUAUUACACACCCAGACAUCACAUGUCUGACAGCUCCACUGGUGAAGAGCACUCUCAGUCACUGAGCUCAGAAUUGGACAUUACAGUGGAGGUUUGUCAACCCACCACCACAGCUCCAGCAGAGGAUAAACAGACCACAGAAACCAGUCUCAGUGAAUACCAGCCUGGUCAAGACACAAAGGAAACAGAGUCUGAAUCCAUUACUCCCGUGCAAAGUUUGCCAGACAUGGCUGAGAUUGCAGAUCUUUCCAGCAUCUCUCAUUCCCCAACCCAGCACCAAGAGUGGGUGGGGCCAACAGGAGCCACUUCACAGAGUAGAGGACAUCGACCCUGCAACAGUACCCCACGCAGCCCAAGAAGUCGUAGAAUGUACCGCCGAAAUGUGCAGGUGGGUACUGAGCAUCUUCCUCAGCUUCAGAGCCUUUUGGAUACUUUACCCUGGGGCAGUGCUCCUUCCCAAACUCUCUGCACUGACAGUUCAGGAGACAACACCACAACAAGUGUCUCUGCAUCCAGCAUCUUACAGUCUCCAGCAGUCAGAAACAUCUCUAAGGAGAACACAGACUCUCCCAGCAGCGCUAAUGCAGAAUUCACCACUGCCAGCUCUGGAGCCAAACACACCACAGAGAGCAGCCAGGGGGACGGUGAAGAGAUUGAGCAUCCUGUUGACGCUCCAGGUGAGACUGGGAUUCAUCCAGAGUCGGAGAACCAGAAGCAGUCAGGAAGCAUCACCUGCAUCUCAGAUGAACCUAAAUCAUCGGACCAGGCUCCAAACAGCGACAAUUUGUCUUUGAUGAAUGGGGAAGAAAAAGAGAAAUGUGUUGAGUAUGAUGAAGGAGAGGGUGUUGGUGAGGAGCUGUUAGAUUCUGAACACCAACAGCCCGGCAAUGAGGACAUUGCAGAAGGGAAAGAAGGGUGUGAGGAUGAAGCCCCAUGUCAGACACACGACCAAGAUCCAGAUCUCAACUCAGCAAAUGUGGACAGCAAUGCAAACUCUCAAAAGAACACUGAUAAGAGUUAUGAUGAUACAGAAAGGGCUCAUUCCACUCUCGAUGAGGAACUACAGAGAAUGCUUUUAGAAAAAGCUAACACACACUUCAGCACCCCGUUUUUCAAGUCUGACAUGAAAGGAGAUGUUAAAGAAGACACCGUCUGUUCAGGGGACUACAUGGAAACAGCAGAAAGUGUGAGUGAACUGAGAGAGAAGCUGGAGGCAGCUGAUAAAGGAGUCUUUAAUCAUCCUCACAGGGUUCUUGAGCAGACGCCUUUGAAAAGCCAAAGUUAGUCAAACCACACUAAUAAAAAGUUAAAAGGUAGACUGAUGCUGUUAUUAAAUGUUUUUGCAUCAGAAUUGUUUGUUUUAGUUGGCUCAGGCACUUAGUUUGUUCCUAUGUUGAAUUUGCUUUUCAUGAAAGAAUAUAUAAGA